AGCAGAUCUGUCUCACACUUCUGCAGACACACAGCUGUGAACAUGAAACCUCUGCAGACAAUGGACGACCAUUCUGCUCCUAAACCUGCUCCUCGAUUGGCUCCAGGGCCACGCAAGUCAGUGGGGAAUGAGAAAGAAGAGCACCACCCACUGGACCCUGGACUUAUUCGGACCGGACUGGAGUGCUCCAGUGGAGACCAGCCAGUGACCGCGAGAGUGAAUGAGUUUGAGAAACGCAUGGUUCCUCCGCUUCCACAUCCGAGGACUAAACCCAGAAGUAAAAGCAUUCCAUGCUGUUCUGAGUCGGUGGAGAAUGAGAAAGAAGAGCGCCACCCGCUGGACCCUGGACUUAUUCGGACCGGACUGGAGUGCUUCGGUGGAGACCAGCCAGUGACCGCGAGAGUGAAUGAGUUUGAGAAACGUGUGGUUCCUCCGGUUCCACUUCCGAAGACUAAACCCGGGAGCAGAAGCAUUCCAUGCUGUUCUGAGUCAGUGGGGAAUGAGAAAGAAGAGCGCCACCCACUGGACCCUGGACUUAUUCAGACCGGACUGGAGUGCUCCAGUGGAGACCAGCCAGUGACCGCGAGAGUGAAUGAGUUUGAGAAAUGCGUGGUUCCUCCGCUUCCACAUCCGAAGACUAAACCCAGAAGUAAAAGCAUUCCAUGCUGUUCUGAGAAGAAGGUCACUUUCAAAGCAGCUCUGGAGGAUCAACUUAGUAAACGACUUCAAAACAGCGAGCCACAGCAGGUAAAGGAAAGCGUUCGGAUGGGAAACACUUCGAGAGAAUCUACAAUAGUUUCAGAUUCAGACUUCAGGUCCUUCAUGCACACUGGUGAAAGCUUCACAAACACUCUUCAGGUCUUUGUUUCUCAUCUGCCCAGUUGUGCAAGCGCUCUAGAAAGACAGAUUACUGAGCUGCAGGAAGUGGCUAAUGCUGUGGAUAAGACACACAAAGGGGUGAAGAUCGCUGGCAUCACCGGAGGAGCCACAGGAGCGGUGGGCGGCGCGGCGGCCGUGGCCGGGAUCCUCCUGUCCCCCGUGACCCUGGGAGCGUCUCUGGCCAUCACGGUGGUCGGGGUCGGGGUCGCGGCUGCUGGAGGGGUCACGGGGGCUUCGGCCGCCAUCACCAACAAGGUCAGAAAAGAUCAGGUCAGGAAGAAGGUGGAAACCAUCCUAAAGGAGUGCCAAAGUGAGAUGGAGGAGGUUGAAGGCUACUUGGAUAACAUCAGCACAGAGAUGGGAAAGCUCCGAGAAUAUGACCUGCUGACGCUGGAACGCGUCAAUGUGAAAUCGGCAAAGAUUGUGCGUCUCGUGGGCAUCGCAGGCGGAGCGUCGACGGCCCUGAGCGUGAUGAGCCGAUCCUCAGGCGUGAUCCAUGGCUUCGCCGUCGGCAUGGAUCUGUACUUCACCGGACAAGAUUCAGAGAAGCUCAAGAAAGAGUCAAAGAGCAGAUUUGCUCAGCAGAUCCUUGAGGUGGCCGAACAGAUUCAGACCGGCCUUACAGAGCUGAUGAACAUGAGAGAGAAACUGCUCUCGGAAGAGAUAUGAAGAGCAGUGUGUGUGUGUGUGUGUGUGUGUGUGUGUGUGUGUGUGUGAAUAUAGUGAAGGAAAGGAUAGCUGCUUCGUUUGUUGUCUGUAGAUAUGUGUUCUUCUGCUGUAUUCAGAAUAAUAAAAAAAGAUCCUCCUAAGACUGAAUCACUAGAAUAUCUUGAGAAUUUCAUGUGUCAGAUCACACAAGCAGGAAAACUAAAUGAGUGUCACUUCAUUAAUGUUCACUAGAGGUCACCGUUUCUUAUAACUCUGUUUUACUCUUGCGUAGGGAUGAGCUCUUGUGUUGUAUCUUUGCAAAAGUGUCAAAAUAAUAAUAAUAAAAAGAUUU